CGUGCUAUGCCCAUUUGUAUGCUUAUGCAUUCUUUUGCGCAGAAGUGGUCACAUGGCACAGUUAUUAUGUCCGUAGGCUCUUGUUCUUUGUGAAGUGGCCCUUUAUGUCUACACUUUAGUAAAAGUUCAGCUAUCUUUUGCAUCAUCAGCCAACCUUUGCUGUUUCUUUUCAUUUGAGUCCACUUCAUGACUACUGCAACUUUACCACCACUUCUGCUUGGUUGCAUCUGGUAUAUGCACUUGCAGAUGCAAAAAGAACCCUGCUUUUCUUUUUAAGCAAACGGAAGUCGCAUUGAGGAGGAAAGUAAAGUUAAAGUUGUGAACUUUUGUAGGAGAUAUUCUGUUGGGAACUUUUGGAGAUCCAGAAGAACGUGAGGUUAUUAGCUGUGAUCUGAAAUGGUUGUAGCAUAUAAGAUGUGGGUUUGUGACUUGUGAAGGAGCCUCUGGUCUAUUUUUAUUAGAAAUAUGAUUUCCUUAUUAUCUUCUUUGCCUUCAUCCCCAACAGUCAGAAAUGUGUUCCGCCUAUGGUGCAGGAACUGUGAGCUAUGAUGAAGUGAAGGACUCUGGAGCAAACUUGGGGAGCAAAAACAUUGUAAGAGGCAACAUUAACUUUCUUGUAAUUUGCGUACGGUAAGUGAUUGCAUAACAUGUUUAGUUUUUGCCUCCUUGCAAGGUCUUUUUUGUUAGUUGAUAAAGAUAUUUUCAUUCCCCAAUUUAUUAAAACAAUGGUAAAGGUUGGGGCUCAUUAGGGAAACUACUGUUUUCCCCUUGGCAAUAUAAGUGUACUUGUUUUUGGAUCUCACAAUACAACCCUCUUUGUCUUUGUCCCCUCUAUUCUUUUCUAGGAAAAUAAUCGAAGAGGGUUCCAUGGUAAUCAUAUCAGUCAGGCUCCUCUUUGGGUUUUAACCUUCUUUGUCUUGCUUGUGGAUUAUCAGGGUGUACUGAUAAGGAUCUAAAGUGUAUGAAUGGAUACUACCCUUACCCUUUCCUGGGUAGGGAUGACUUCUUUGUUCAAAGGCCAUGACUUGCACAAUUCGACAACAAUGAUCAAUUUACCUUGUAACGAAUAGUUGUUGGAAUUGAUUAACAGCUUCCCACAAAGUGAACGACAUUCUCAUGGCCCGGGAUCGAACAUCCAGCCACGUGAAUGAGAGACGAGUCAACCAACUGGGCUCGACACCCUCGUGGUUGAGCUUCUUUGCAGUUGUAUGUAUUCACUCUCUUUCCUUAUCUUCCUUUUUUAUGCAUUUUGAUCCUCCUGUCUUUCUGUUAGGAUGGACCCAAAUGGGCCUUCUUGCUCUCAUGAUUGAGUGAGCCGUAGAUCCUUAUCCUGUACCAAUCUGAUACCAUAAGUUGUGUGUUGAAAUUCCCCUGAAAGCUAAUGUAAUAAUAAUGUCUGACUUUAGGAGUUUCAGAAAUGUCUUGGAAUGCCAAUGAUUUAGAGGCCUAACUGACAACCUGUCUCUCCCUUCUCUUCCUUUCUUUAAGCUCUGAGCUUGAGUCCCUUCAGCACAGCUUAUGAAUAAGGUCUCUCAGAAGCAAGAGGAAUAAUGUCUGCCAAUGAUGAGAGAAACCAACCCAAUAAUGGGAAUUGUGGAAGUUAAAAGAGUUAUGAUUAGCAGAUAGGAAAACUGGAAUGAUUAGAAUGACAGGCUAGAUAACAGCUCAAAGCCAUUUACAUAUUAGAACCCCUGCCAAAAAAUUCCACCUACCAAAGUUGAGAACUCAUCUCAAGUCUCAACCACCAUAUUAUUAUUAUUAUUCCCCAGGAAAGUUUCAUCCUUGACCGUGAUUACCCGCGUCUUCCACCGCAACAUUAGGCUCUGCAUGUGAGGCAUUGCUUGUUCAUUUUGUACACCAUUUCCCUAUCUACCUUGUAUGAUUGAACUAACCGACUAAGAAUCAGUGCUUCCAUUUCACAAUAAGCUGAGAACCUCUCCUACUAACGUGCUCUGUCCAUCUAAAGUCAAAAUUCUGCCAAUUAUUCGCUUGCCUGGAUUCUCAGGAUGCCCCCAACUGAACCCUUUUUUAUAACUUUAUUUUUUCUGAGUUUGUUGAGAUUCACCAGCCUUCCUCGUUUCUGUAUAAAUAGGCCUGAUUCAAUUUGAUUUUCCAGCAGAAGUUAAGGUGAUCAAGAAAAGCAAAGAAAAACAAGCACCCGCAAGAAUGGAGCCUAGAGUCAAUCAUGUUGUUGCAGGUGAAGGGAGGAUGGGAUCCCCGAAAAGGGAGCUUCUUCGGUCGAUGAAAGGCGGAAGAAACCAUAAGAACAGCAGCAGGAGCAACCACCAGCAGCUGCUGGAAUCCAUUGCCAGAGCCAACAGUGGAGGAGGCCCUGCUGUCGUUUGCCAGGAAGGUGGUGGUGGUGGACCUGGAGUUGUGAGGAUGAAGGUGCUGGUCAGGAAGCAAGACUUGAAGCAGAUGCUGGAGCUUUUGGGAGACGGAGGGCAGAAGCAAGCUAGCAAAUUGUCACCGUCCUCUUCGCCAUUGCCACGUCUGUCUUCUGCCUCCAAUGUGUCCAAUGUGGAGCAAAGAUUGAAUCUUUUGAGGAGAAAGCAGGCAAUGAGAGGGAAUGGAGGAAAGGGUUGCAAGGCUUCGUCGCCCCGGUCGUGGAUUCCGGCCCUUCAUAGCAUUCCUGAAGAGCUCUGAGCAGCAGCAAUGGCGGGGAAUAUGAAGGAUCGUGUUUGACAGUUUUGAUAUCAAACAUGUCCACCUCUUACAGUACAUUAUAGUACAAAAUUUUAACAGGAAAACACAAUCUAACUCUAUUUAUUUUAUAAGCAUUGCAAUAAGAGGCUACCAUCUUAUAUCUGGUUGAUGGUAUUGCCAAUGACUGAGGCACGUUUGUUUCAUCUUCCCCAGUCAAAUGUUGUAUGGAAGAUGUUUUUUUGGUGGAAUUCAUGUUUGUUCAGUUUUCAUGACUGGCUUGGAAAUUGGAAUUCAUUGUGGCUUACCAUAAACUGUUUUGUAUUUUAGUGGAAGGGUUGGAGAUGGCAUUGAUUUAAACUAAUAAUAUUGUAUCUAACACCUAUUCAAUAUUUCAUUUGUUUGGUUAAGCACAAUCAUCGUGCAUAAUCGAAAAUUGAAGGAGAUCAUGUUGGACUAAUCGAUAUGGCCCCACCAAUUGAGGUGUGUUGUCAGACGAUAUGAUAUGGGUCAAGAGUUUUAAUAUAUUUUCCUUUGGGAUUACAAUUAUGUCAUAUUUUAGAUAUCGUUCACUUAACACAAAAUUUUGAAACUUGCCUAAAUUUUCCAGUCUUUCAACCUUGAAUUAAAAAGUUUGUUAUUAGUGGGUAGUGGAUUAAAAAGACCAUUAAAACUUAAAAGGAUUU